AUGCAGGCUCGAGGCAGCGCGAAAAAGACGGCUACGGGCAACACCUUCCUCCUCACCCUUCUGCGCAAUGGCUUCCUGGCCACCAACACGCUCUACCUCCUGGUCCGAUUCUGGCUCUUCCGGUCCUCUGUCACCAAGCGCGUCAUCUUUGGCUAUGCCGCAUCGGAGGCGAUCGCAGUAGCGCUGUGGUUGACGCUGCAGAGCAUGGCUCGCCAGGGCAACGAUCUCCAGCAGAGCGGGCUGACGCAGUACAUGUUCGACAUCAUCUACGUCACCUGGUUCGUCCAGAUCGCUUCGUUGGUGUGGGGCAACUUCUGGUAUCUUUACCUCAUCAUCCCUGGAUACGCAGCGUUUAUCAUCUACAAGAACAUCCUCCUGCCUUAUCUCUUUCGCGGUCAGAGUCCAUUCGCUUCGCUGCAGGGGUUGCUCGGGCGGGGCGGCGGUGCUCAGGGAGCCAAUCAGGCCGCUCCGCAACAGCCGGGAGAGCCCGUCUCGAAGCGUCAGGCAAAGCUGCAGGCCAGGGCGGCCAAGGGGGACCCGAGGGUGCAGAUGCGAAAGCGCUAA